AUGAAGAUUGAAGAAGCAUUCGGUGUGAAAGAGGAAGAUACUGAGGAACAAACAGGUAGAACACCGCAACGAGGCAGAGGUCAGACGCGUGAAGCACAUCGACAUGGUCCUGCUGGUGACCAGACACGGGCCGCUGUGAACCAUCCAGCUGAAGAUCCUGAACCUGUUCAUGAGUGGCAUGAAAUGAACUGGCAGCCAAAAAACCUUCCCUUCACUGAGAAUCCUGGGCCUGUCGGUGAUGCUGCUGCUCUUGAUUCAAUAGAACCUAAAGACUUUAUUGAGCUGUUCAUUUCUGAUGAACUGAUUCAGAACAUUGUUGAUCAGACCAACCUGUAUGCAGAUCAGUGUAUUCAGGCUAUGGACGGUACUUCACAACAUGCUAGAAUUCAUGCAUGGAAGCCUGUCACAGUUUCAGAAAUGAAAGUCUUCCUGGGGCUGUUUUUUCUCACUGGUAUCAUUCAUAAGCCUGAACUUGAUAUGUACUGGUCUACAGAUGAAAUGUUAGCUACCCCCUACUUCAGCAAGGUCAUGUCUCGCAACAGGUUUGAAAUCAUAUGGAGAUUUCUUCACUUUAAUGAUAAUACAGCAAGGCCAGCCAAUGACACUGACAGGCUGUACAAAGUCCGCCCUGUCUUAGAUCACCUCGUGUCCAAAUUCCGUGAAAUGUAUCAGCCUAACACAAACAUUUGCAUUGAUGAGGGUAUGCCACGUGGGCGCCUAGCUUUCAGGGUGUACAAUCCUCAAAAACCCAUCAAAUCCUACAUCUUGUGCGAUUCUGAAACAGGUUACUGUUUUAACAUGAAGCCCUAUUGUGGAGAAAGUGCUGCCCUGAAAGACACGGUUGUCUCUCUUCUUGAUCGUCUAGCAGGUCAUGGUUACAGAUUAUUUAUGGAUCAUUUUUACAACUCUGUACAACUGUGUAAGCACCUACUUGAUUUGAAAACCCAUGUCUGUGGUACAAUUAGGAAAAACAGAGGUGAACCACCAGUCAUUCGAGAUCUCAGAAAUGCUGACUUUAGGAUUGGGGAAACAGUAAUGUGUCACACUGAAAAUGUGAUGGUCUUGGCAUGGCGAGACAAACAAACAGUGAAAAUGGUCACAACAUGCCAUGAGAACAAGAUGGAAGAAGUUGAGGUAUGGCAGAGAGGCCACCAAGAAAAAAUUGCAAAGCAAAAACCAGCAUGCAUUGUGGAAUACAAUAAUGCAAUGAAUGGAGUUGACAAAUUGGAUCAAAACAUUAAGUACUACCCUUUUGUCAGGAAGUCACACAAGUGGACAAAGAAAUUUGUCACAUAUCUGUUGCAGAUCAGUCUGUUCAAUGCUUUUGUCAUUUACAAAGCAAAAAACCCACAAGGUAAUUGUAAAACUCUACUCUCUUUCAUCCAAAGUGUUAUAAAUUCAUGGACCAGCAAAGAACAGGCUGGUGGUGGGGAAGAAAGAGAUGACCCUCCAACUGAAAACACUCCUAGAGCACCAUACAACACUGACCCUAGAAAUAGGGUAAAUGACCUUUUUGCAGUUCAUGCACUUGUUCCGAUUGCAUCCACUUCCAAAAAGCAACACCCGACGAGAAGAUGCAGGGUUUGUGCACGUAAUGGUUUGCGAAGUGAGACCUCGUUCUACUGCAAAAGUUGUGGCGUCCCCUUACAUUCUGGGAAUUGUUAUACAGUUUACCACUCAAAGAUAAAAUACAGUGCCUAAAUUUUAUU